UGCCACUUCAUCCCUCUCAAUCAAAUCUCCAUUAGCUACAGCUUCCAAUUAUCUCUGGAACUGGACACACGGGAGCUGUAAUUUAAAAAAAAAAUACAAAUUUCAAGGUGAAAUGUGAAUUAAUCAAUUCUGAAGGAAGAGGUUGACCCAGUUUGCAAUCAUGCUGGAUCGUCUUGACGAUGAGGCGUUGAGAAUAGCAGCGAUACUCCAUCGUCAAUGGGGUUCGAGAUUCAUAAAGAUAGGGAAUUAUGGAGCUGCGAUUGAUGCAUUCAGAAGAGCCCUAGAUGAGGGUGGAGAGCAUCUUGUUACAUUCAUUGGACUCUGCAUCGCACUAUUGAGGAGUGGAAAUUAUAUUGAGGCUGAUGAGAUUUCUCAAAAAUGCUGCGACCUUGAUCCUGGUAAUUACGCGGCAAAAUGGCUGAGAGUGGAGACGCUGUACAAAAUUGGUGAGUUUGGAAAUAGUCUGGUGCACGCCUAUCGUGGAUGCCUCCGUCGUCGUCAUCCCUUCGAGGAUGGAGUAUUUCGGGGUAGAGAAGCCCUCGAGAACUGCAUCGGACGAAAUACUGGUGAUGGUGUGAUGCAGGAGCUGAUACCCUGGAUGAGAAAGUUGGAGGAGCGGAGGAAUUCUCUGAUUGUCAAGUUGUCAGGAGUAGAAGAGGAUGUGAUCGGAUUCACAGAGGAAUACACAAAAUUCCGGGUGAACGAUUCCGAAUAUCAGCGGGAAUACCGGAUGAAAAAAUUUCGGCGAAUGCUUACAAAAAAAUACCGGGGAUAUCUCGCAGAUGAUACCCUCUUUCUCGAGGGACUCCUUCAGAAUUCCGACUCGGAUUCAAGUAAAAUGCGGAGUAACCAACAGUUGUUGGCCCUCAUCCAGGAGUACUUGACGCGAUCGAAUCAGACGACUCAAGUUGCCCGUAUCCAUAAGCCCCUGUACGUGUUUCGUUUCAAGAGAUGUGAAAUAACAACACCUGGAUUCAAGAGAGCUCAACUCAAUGAGAGACUAUUACGAAGACAUAAUAUCGUGAUUGAGGUUCAUUCAAUCCUCAUGAGACUUCAUCAAGCGAGAAUCGCCAAAAAUUAUCAGCUAUUCUUCAGUUACGUCGACAGAGCAAAGCACAAAUUGGACUCAUACCGCACCUCGAUGUUCCCUCACAAGUCAGACUGCCUAAGAGAACUAUACAAAAUGGUUGCCAACGCUUAUAUAGACCCGCGGGACGUGACUGGCAUAAAAGACGCCACCGCAAGAGAGCGUUACCUAAAGCAUCACCUUGGAAUACGAGAGGCUAUGCUCCCGAGAGAUGAGGACCUGGCUUGGAUACCAUACGGCCACAGUAGAAAAUCAAAGCUGGAGACAUUUCGUCGUCGUUUAGCCCUAACCUCGGAGCCCCUGGAGCUCACCUGGCUCUUCCACGAGCUGUCCAAACUCCACGUCGAGACAAAAUCCCUAGACUUGGCAAGAUUUUACGCUAAAAAAUGUCGAGAGUGGAGCAACAACGCUGGCAACGAUUCCUGGACCCUGAAUGCUAAUCAUCUACUCAUUCGCAUCGAGAUCCACCAUCACAACCGGAAUGAAGCCAAGGAGGCCGCCAUCUUGUGUUACUUGGGGGCUAAGAAAAUGGGGCUGGACUAUCUUGCCGAUUUCUACGUUAAAAUCGCUCGUAUCGUUGAUAAUAUCGAUCUAGAGAGAAUAUUGGGGGUCGAUGCUAUCGCCGUGAGGGAAAAUAUCGUGUCGAAAAUCAUGCCCACGGAGAAACUCAAGUGUGAAAUGGACUUUUUGAUCCAGCGAAUGGACGUUGUCCCAGCCAGACGACGGCUGUCCAUUGUUCCCGGUUGUAAAACAAUCGAUAAGAACUUCAAGCUUCCCUGCAAAAGAAAUACAAUUCGUGUCAAACCACCCAUGAAUCCGAUUAAGGAAUCUCAACGCAUUCUACUGCGUCAGUACGCCCCAUCACGAAAGAUAGCCGGUUGGAUGGAUUUCGAGGAUUAUCGAUAAUCGAAAUUGAAUUCGUGACCAGUCAUCCGGUAUUGUUUGGCAAGAGUGUCUUGUUCGUAUCUUGCAUUGAGAAUAAUCACCGGUACAUGAAUUUGAAAUUAAAUCGGUGACUGCGUGCCACCAUUUUGUCAACAGCAAAUAUCACGAUUCACUUGAGAGAGACGGACAUGAAAUUUAAUGAUGCCACAU